CUGUCACUUUUUUCUACUUUGUAGAGAUAGUAUCAUAGUACUACGUAGUAAACAGGCUCCAAUUAAACGCAAGCAACCUCAAAACCCAUCGCCGCCCCAUCCUCAGUCCCCUGUGCAUCUCGCCACAGCCUGACAAACUAACACCGCCGGAGCUUUAGUCCGUGUCUCUAGGUCAUUGACCUAUUCGGUCAACCAUACGCCGCCUAGCUUAACUUUCACCACGGCCUGAGCUGCAAUUUUUGUUUUGUUUUUUUGCGUCAUCUUCUUCGUUGCAGUGCCUAUUUGCUUGUUAUGCUUUUAGCCUCUUUAAGGGCUACUUUAACACUGCAUGCGACGGCAAGGUUUGGACGGUUCGUUUCUGUAGCUUAUAACAGCACCGCUGUCGGCGGUCUAGGCUGUUUCAGAACCAUGGGUAAACUUGGAUCUGAUUGUGGUUCUAGAUUGUAUGCUUCCUCGAGCUCAGAAAACAAAGAAACUUCCUCAAAUGUUCAGUCCACACCGGAAAUUGAGAAAAAGUACGUCCAUCGUGUAUAUGAUGCAAUCGCCCCACAUUUCAGUUCAACUAGGUUUGCCAAGUGGCCGAAAGUGUCCGUUUUUUUAAAUUCAUUACCAGUGGGUUCACUUGUUUUAGAUGCCGGUUGUGGAAAUGGAAAGUACCUGGGGUUGAAUCCUAAUUGCUUCUUCAUUGGUUGCGAUAUUAGUGCUCCACUGAUAAACAUAUGUGGCGAUGGGGGACAUGAGGUAUUAGUUGCAGAUGCUGUGAAUCUCCCUUAUAGAUCUGGCUAUGGUGAUGCUGCAAUUUCAAUCGCAGUCUUACACCACUUAAGCACUGAAACAAGGAGGAGGAAAGCUGUUGAAGAAUUAAUACGCACAGUUAAAAAGGGAGGACUUGUUUUAAUCACGGUUUGGGCUAGGGAACAGGAGGAUGGAUCAUUGGUUAAAAAAUGGACACCUCUUACAGAUAAAUAUCUGGAUGAAUGGGUAGCAUCAAACGGUCCUCAGGUCCGAUGUUCUUCACCUCGCUCCUUAGCAAGCAUCCCAGAGUCUGAGGACAAUGGCCAUUUGGUUUCUGGAACUGGAAAGGAUUCUUCUAUAGAUGAGCAGCAGGAGUAUUUUGUUCCUUGGCAUUUACCUUAUCAUCGAGCUGAAAUAAGUGGAGCCUCUGCGUGUGCCCUUGCAAGCGGAUUGGCAAAGAAAGACGAUAAGAAGGGGGCUGUUGUGUAUAACAGAUAUUACCAUGUCUUUAGUGAAGGUGAACUUGAAAGAUAUUCGGAACCUGUUCUGUGGAAGCUAAUUAACUUGCUGAAAGACAACUCCAGUGUGCAGUGAUAUGAUGUGUGUCUCGAACCAUUAAGAGAUUUUGCUUCUCAAUAGUUCAAUUUUAAGGCUGUGAAGUGUAAUAAGCUCCACCAAUAGUUUUUUAUAGCUGUUACUUAAAAUUUAAAGCUGGAUAGUUUUAUUAGAUUUGGAUAUUCUUUUCUGUCCUUUUUAGCAUCUGUAUGGUUGUGUUGUAAUGAUUCUUAAUAAGUUUAGAUGGGAGGGUGUUUUCAAAAUGAACUACUACAGAAAUUCCACUAUAAAGUUUGCUCAAGGUUUACCUUUCAUUUUUCUCGCUCUUCUCCAGGUUGGUAUCAGGAUUGGAUAAUGCAGUCAUUGCUGAUAGAUUCUAUGAUAAAUCAAAUUGGUGCAUUGUCCUUGAGAAAAUAUCUUGAAAUGUAACAUUUACAAGCUUAUAUUUACUUGUGUGGGGAACUCGCAGUAAGGGCUUCUCAUAUCUUGAUAUCUACAUGAUCAAGAAAACUGUUGAGCGGUUAUGAAACUGGAUAACUCUGUUGUGCUUGCCCAUGGCAUUGUUGUAUUGAGCUACUAAUUGCCCAACUACGACUUGGAAUGUGAAUUUGUUGUGCAUCAAUCAUUUAAACAAUUUUACUUGAAUUGUGUUCUCUAUGAUGUUAUUUCUUUUACUUCUUUUU